AUGCCGGGCAUAAACUCCACCACCGCCUCUCGCUAUGAGUCAGGCUGGGAGAUGGAGUACGAUCACUACCAACAUUACUUCUACGAUGACCACGGUCUGGACGAGACUUUCUCUAAAUCCACUGCGCCCAGCGAGGACAUAUGGAAAAAAUUCGAACUAGUACCGACCCCGCCCAUGUCCCCUAUCCGGACUUCGGAGGGGGCCGCCGGGGUCGGGGUGGUCUACCCUUCGCUGGGGGACAAACUCGAGUGGGUGUCCCAGUUUUUAGGUCAAGAGCACGACCAGGAUGUGCCGUGCAAACAGAGCCCCGCCGACGAGGCAUUGGGGAACCUGAGCUCCAUUAUCAUCCAGGACUGCAUGUGGAGCGGCUUCUCGGCUGGCAAGCAGCUGGAGAAAGUUGUCGGGGAGCGGCUUGCCUCCUGUCCGGUGUCGGGGCCGACCAAACUGUCCGUGCAGGCGUCGGGAGCUGGCGUCACCGCCGCCGGGAGGGCGCAGUGCGUGACGGUGCCAGUGGACGUGGCGGUUCCGGUUCUCGGUAGCCUGGCGACGGAUUACGUGGACCCGGCUGCUGUUCUCCCCUUCCCGCUAACCGGGGGACCGUUUAAGAAACCGGCAGUGUCCUCCGGUUCAGAGACCCACAAAGACUCAUCAGGUACGUUAUACGUUCACCAUUGGACUGUGAAACUGACUAUUAAAAAGCUCCUAUAUAUUGUCAAUCAUAAGUGUGGAUGCUGCCAAUUUGCCAUAGUGACCUUACUGGCCACUAAGGUUUAGGCUAGGUGGCAAGGAAUGCAAGAUGGGCUAUUAUCAGUUUUCAAAAUGGGUUUUUCUGAACAGUAUUGGUUGUAAUGUGGCUGUUAAAUCCCCCCCACUGAAGGCUAUAGGCUUAGUGACUGCAUUGCGUUGCCCCUGGCAGCGCCACUGCUUUGUGAGAAUGACCCGCCCAUUUAAACAUCUGUUGAUUGGCUAUGGUCCAAAAGCUCAGCUGCUAGAAAGAACAGUGUCCUGUGUUCCUCUCACUUCUCUAGUCUAACUAUGUCACUGUUCCCUUUUAAUGUUCUUACCGUUUCCUAAUCCUCAACUGCACUGAAAGAAACACAUUAGUUUGAUAUUUUAAGUACCUGCGAUGCACUUAUUGGAUAACCCGAAUAACUUGUAAUAAAUAUGGUCGCUACAUUCUUUUCAUUUCAUAGACCUACUUUCCAUUGGCCUUCAGUGUAGGCUAGUUAUAUAGGUGAUUAGGUUGGCAUGUGACUGGUCUCCCUAUCUAAUGUGUGUGGAAUGUCACAACGGAGACUUGUUGCAGUGCUCUCAGCAUUCCUUCCUGCACUGAACUGAAGGGGCAACAGCGCCAUCAGAAGCUGGGUUUGUUCAAACUAUGAGUGACGGACAAGUAGGCCAGUGAUAAGAAAGGACAUUCAUCUCGUUAAAUCUCUUGCAAUGUGUGACACUGUUUUCAUACGAGGCUUGAUAUUCAUAUUUAUGUCAGAAAUGUGGUCUCAUCUAUUUCAAUACGGUGUGAAAGGGGGUUGGGUGCCAGAAAGCUAGGAUAUUCAUGAUUAAUCUGUGCAGGUAGGCAUACACUAGUUCAGCGCAGAAGAGUUGAAUGGAAAAUGCAGAAUACACCUCAGAAAGGUACUAGUUGGUUGACAGACCGAGACCAAGGAACCAAUCUAUCCUAUUCUCUAUCUGACUCCAUGCAUGAUAACGCUCUAUAGAUAUUCAACUAUAUUCUUAAGGGGCCAGAUAAAAAAAAAAAAAGGUUAUUUACAGGUCAGACAUGUUCUACAUGGGAUUACUCUUCCUAAAAGCACUAUAAAAAACAAAACAAAGCAAAAACACAAUUAUAAUCUUAUGAAGCACUUUUAUUACAAUUAGAUGUUGCUAAAAGUUCAUUCUAAGUGCUUUAAAAUGAGCCUAAUUCAGUGCUUACAUUUUUGUAAUUAAUGUAACACACGUGUACUUAUAACACAGUUAAUUAAUUUCUACUUUCCUGUCCAUUUUACAUACAUCGCUUCAUCGUUUGGUUUUAUUUACACAUAGGAAACCUUUUAUGCAUGGCAUUUCUCAGUUGACUAUCUUCUGCAGACUCUCUCCCCCCCCCCCCAUCAGUAGAUAACAGGUCCCUAUAAACAUGCAUUUUUUAAAAAUGUUUUAAUCAUCUAUGAAAUGAAAGAGAAAGGCCACAAUAUAUUGCAGUUUAGGCACAAUUUAGAUUUUGGCCACUAGAUGGCAGCAGUGUGUAUGCAAAGUUUCAGAUUGAUCCAGUGAAGCAUUGCAAUACUCCCUGACGAAGGCCAUGCAGCCGAAACGCGUCGGAUAAAAAUCUUGUUUCUAUUGAACAUGACAUACUAAUAAAGGCAUUUUAAUUAAUUAUAUGAAGAGUGCCUUGGGCCUCCUUUCUUUUUGAAGCAUUGCAAUACUUGACUAUUUUGUAUCAAGUCUGCCCAAAUGUGCCGAAUAGGUCAAUUGAUAGAUUUUCAAGUACAUACCUAUAGAGAACAUACAAAAAUGAUAUGGUAAUACAUUUUUACAUUUUCAUCUUUUAGCAGACGCUCUUAUCUUAUUUUAUUUUAUUUUUGGGGGGUGGGGUAAGGGGUGGGUGGGGGGGGGGGGGGGGGGGGGGGGGGGGGGGUAGAAGGAUUACUUGAUCCUAUCCCAGGUAUUCCUUAAAUACAAAUUGUAAGUUUACUCACUCCCAGGAAUGUCAUACAUGAUGGAUCAUUAGCUUAUACACUAACUUUCACACAUCUAGAUGGCCGGGCGAGGUGGGUGUGGAGCCAGAGACAGCAAGGGGUUCAAACUGUAGAACCCAGUUCCUACAUUUUAAUACAAAAAUUGGGUUUUAUCAAACAAAACUAUGCUACAUUUGAUCUCUGGGACCCUUAGGAUGACAAAUCAGAGGAAGAAUACUGAAUGUAAGUACCUUAUUUACCUUCAGAGGUGAAUGUAUCAAACCAGUUGCCAUGAUACGUUUUUUGUUGUUGUGCACUCUCCUCAAACAAUAGCAUGGUAUUUUUUCACUGUAAUAGCUACUGUAAAUUGGACAGUGCAGUUAGAUUAACAAGAAUUUCAGCUUUCUGCCCAUUUAAGACAUGUCUAUGUCCUGGAAAGUUUUGCUGUUACUUACAACAGUCAUGCUAAUCACAUUAGCGCACGUUAGCUCAACCGUCCCGUAUAUGGGACACCGAUCCCUUAGAGGUUAAUAUAGUACUGGAACUGACCCUGUAUAUAGUCACCUUACCCCUAUACAUAUCUACCUCCAUCACUCCAGUAUCCCUGCACAUUGUUCAUAUAGUACUGGAACUGACCCUGUAUAUAGUCCCCUUACCCCUAUACAUAUCUACCUCCAUCACUCCAGUAUCCCUGAACAUUGUUAAUACGGUACUGGACCUGACCCUGUAUAAAGUCACCUUACCCCUAUACAUAUCUACCUCCAUCACUCCAGUAUCCCUGCACAUUGUUAAUAUGGUACUGGGCCUGACCCUGUAUAUAGUCACCUUACCCCUAUACAUAUCUACCUCCAUCACUCCAGUAUCCCUGAACAUUGUUCAUAUGGUAUUGGAACUGACCCCGUAAAUAGUAUGCUUACUUAUUGUGUUCUUCAUAUUCUUAUUUCUCCAGUUUUUGUUGUUGUUGAGUAUUACAAUGUUACUUUUAUUUCAUAUUAUUUUUAUAUAGUAUAUUUUUGUGAUUUUUUUGUGUGUAUUCUUUCUUAAAACUGCAUUGUUGGUUAAGGGCUUGUAAGUAAGCAUUUCACUGUAAGGUGAUCACCUGUUGUAUUCGGCGCAUGUGACUAAUACAAUUUGAUUUGAUUAUUGCAUUGUUGGGGUUGGAGUUUGCAAGAAAGGCAUUUCACUGUACUUGUGAAGGACCGUUUUUAAAAAUUGAUAAACGAGCUGGAUCUGACCCACGGGCCACCAGUUGAAUAGCCUCUGCUCAAUAACCUAUAAGCCCCUCCUCUCUUUGGCCCAUUGGAGUCCUAUUAAAUUCAUCUUCUGUCUUGAAGCCGAAUCCAGGAAGCAAUUACUUUGGCCCCGUGUAGCUCAGUUGGUAGAGCAUGGCGUUUGCAACGCCAGGGUUGUGGGUUCGAUUCCCACGGGAGGGGCCAGUAUGAAAAAAAAAAAUGUAUGCACUCACUAACUAAGUCGCUUUGGAUAAGAGCGUCUGCUAAAAUGACUAAAAUGUAAAAUGUCUCUGUUCAGUUUACCAAAUGGCACACUUAUUCCCUACUUUUGCCCUUUUGGUUCUGGUCAAAAGUAGAUCAGUCUAUAGGGACUAGGGUGCCAUUUGAGAAGGGAUGAGAGAGCAGCGGUACUGCUACCACUGGCUCCCUGGAGUCUAGUCAGAGUUGGAGCUGAAAUCAACCAUUACAUUUGCAUUAUGUUAAAUCAAGGUCCCAGUGUUAAACGUCACAUUUUGACACACGGCUAAGAUAUUUCUGCAUUGUGAAUGGCUGACGUUCUUACAACCAACGAUACCUAAAAUAUUAUUCUUGUAUAGUGAAUGAAUGGCUGUAGUGAAACGCUUACAGCACGUGGCUUGAUUGCCCGGUCUUAUUUCAAAUUGAAUGAUUGUGGAGAGAGAGAGGGAGAGAGACGCUGAUAAAACCAGUGAUUCGCUCUGAGACGGUGUCCCUUGUUGUGAAUCAGAAUUUGAGAACACUAGACUGUUAUAUUUACGUUGGUGUUUCUGACCACUGGUUGACCUAUUCUUGUGGCAGCAGGUCACAACUUUUGAUUGCACACUGCGAAAUUCCGCCUCACAGAUACGCGAGUUUGUCAAUUUGAGUUGUAUUCGAAUUCUUUGUGGGUUUGUGUAAUUUGAGGGAAAUAAUGUGUCUCGUAUAUUUUUAUUUUUAUUUAACUAGGCAAGUCGGUUAAGAACAAAUUCUUAUUUACAAUGACGGCCUACACCGGCCAAACCCGGACGACGCUGGGCCAAUUGUGCGCCGCCCUAUGGGACUCCCAAUCACGGCCGGUUGUGAUACAGUCUGGAAUCGAACCAGGGGGUCUGUAGUGACGCCUCAAGCACUGAGAUGCAGUGCCUUAGACCGCUGCGCCACUCGGUCUGUAGUGACGCCUCUAGCACUGAGAUGCAGUGUCUUAGACCGCUGCGCCAAUCAGGAGCCAUUUGGAAGGAGGUUUGAAAGUGCCGCUCGGUUUCGAGCUCAUUUUGUGGGCAGUGGGCCACAUCCUGUCUUCUCUUAAUAGCAUGCAGUUCGUUGGGCUUUUGAUGCCUUUGUGGUUGAGUAUUGCUCCGUUCAAGUAUACUGUGAUUUUGCUGUGGUCUGAUAGGGGUGUCAGUGGGCUGACUGUGAAUGCUCUGAGAGACUCUGGGUUGAGGUCAGUGAUAAAGUAGUCUACAGUACUACUGCCAAGAGAUGAGCUAUAGGUGUACCUACCAUAGGAGUCCCCUCGAAGCCUACCAUUGACUAUGUACAUACCCAGUGUGCGACAGAGCUGCAGGAGUUGUGACCCGUUUUUAUUGGUUAUGUUGUCGUAGUUGUGUCUAGGGGGGCAUAUGGGGGAGGGAAUGUUGUCACUUCCAAGUAGGUGUUUGUCCCCCUGUGUGCUGAGAGUGUCAGGUUCUUGUCCAGUUCUGGCAUUUAGGUCGCCACAGACUAGUACAUGUCCCUGGGUCUGGAAGUGAUUGAAUUCCCCCUCCAGGAUGGAGAAGCUGUCAUCAUUAAAUUAUGGGGAUUCUAUUAGGGGAUAUAGGUAGCACACAUGAGAUUAUUUCCUUAUUAAUUUCUAGCUAGAUGUAAAAUGUUCCAGUUUUGACUAAUGUAAUACAGUGGGUUAGGUCUGCUCUAUACCAAAUUAGCAUACCCCCUUAGACUCUUCCCUGUUUCACACCUGGUAGUUUGGUGGAUGGGACUACCAGCUCUCUGUAACCUAGAGGGCAACCAGUGGGUCCGUCUCCUCUAUACCAUGUUUCUUGUAGGAUGAAGAUGUCUGUAUUUCUGAUUUCUUUGAAGUCUGGGUUCCUGCUCUUUAGGUCAAAGGCAGAUGACCUCAGACCUUAAAUAUUCCAGCAUGAGAUAGUGAAGGCUUUGUGUUCCAUAGUUGUGUGGUUUGGCCUCAGACCAGUAGGUGUGAGCAGAGCCUGCUGAGCAUCUGAUACAUGCCAUUGGCUUGGGCUAGUGUAAGAGUGGGGUGUUGGGCCUGUUUGCCUUCUCACGGCCUGGGCGUAUGUGUGACUUUCAUCUUCAGGCCCUCUUGGCAGGAGUGGGGGGCAUGGGGUGGGUAGGGGGGGCAUUGGUCUGAUCUGAGGGGGGCCUAUAUGGGGUGUGGGCAUGGUUGGCUUGGGGGGGGGGUAUUGAUCGGUUGGGGUGGGGGUGUGUUUGGUUGUGCAGUGGUCUGGACGUGGCCUGGAGCUCUUCUCUUCUCUCUCGUCUAUCUCUGUCAUACUCUGUCUAUGUUCUCUCUUUCCUCUCUCUCUCUCUCUCUCUCUCUCUCUCUCUCUCUCUCUCCUCUCUGUCUAUUUCUCUCUCUCUCUCUCUCUCUCUCUGUCUAUUUCUCUCUCUCUAUUUCUCUCUCUCUCUGUCUAUUUCUCUCUCUCUCUCUCUAUUUCUCUCUCUCUAUCUCUCUCUAUUUCUCUCUCUCUCUCUAUUUCUCUCUCUCUCAUGACUCACAUGACUGAAAUGAAUAACCGGAGAGAGGGACUUUCCACCGAGCAUGAGGCUGAGGUCAGUGGAGGCUGCUGAGGGGAGGUUUCACCAACCUCUUGUGGCUGAGCUAUGCAGUGAUUGUGUAUGUUAUGCAUUUUUUAGAUUCUGUAUGAGAGUGUGUGUUGUGCAGUGUUUGAGAGUGUGUGGCCACUCUCUAAAUACCUGUACCUACGUUCUAAAUAGUAGGCAUUUUGGGGUGUUGCAAAAAAAAGAACUUUUUACAGUAUGUAAAAUAUAGAAAAUGUAGUAUGCUUUAAAUGCCAGGAUAUCAAACUCAUUUAGGCUUUUCAUCUAGUAGAAUUGGCUGCAGACUAAUGAAGAAGAGAGUGGCUUUUCAAGACCCAUGUGUGUUUGACAACAGCUGUUAAUGAGAUAUGGUGACGCUGUCAAAAGGGUCAAUGAAUAGUGAUUGAAUGGAAUCAACAUCACACUUAUUGUCACAUUAUUGUUUUGCUGUGGUCACUAACCUUUUCCAUUCAUUGCUCCUCUAGAUGAUGAAUCUAGUGAUGAGGAUGAGGAUGAUGAAGAGGAGAUUGAUGUGGUGACGGUGGAACACAAGCAGUACAAGCCCCGGCGGCUGGUCAACGGCACAGUUACUGGGGGGCGAGGCAGUGGGCUAAACAGGCGGACGCCGGUGACAAUCAUGGUCCGGACGGACACUCUGGACCCGUGUAUGAAACGCUUCCACAUCUCUAUCCACCAACAGCACCACAACUACGCAGCACCCUCCCCAGACACACACCCCGACACACACACACCCCCUAACCCCCCCAGGAAGAGGGUCCGACACGAGCCCCCAAACUCUUCUCAUAACUUCUCUAACUUCUCUCACACCCAGCCACACCCGGCCCCGGCCUCCACAUCCAAUCAGAACUCUGAGAGCAAACCACAUGUCGCCGUAGCAACCGCUGGGUCGGAAUCACACGACGCCAACACACCCUCCCCCUGUGGUUCUGCCUCUCCCCCAUCACCCUUUUCCCACCCCUGCAGCCCCCAGUCCUCCGACUGUGAGGACACAGACAAACGCAAGACACACAACUUCCUGGAACGGAAACGGCGCAAUGACCUGCGCUCUCGUUUCCUGACACUGCGGGAUGAGAUCCCCGGCUUGGCUGAGUGCCCCAAGACGCCCAAGGUGGCCAUCCUGACGCGCGCCACGGAGUACCUGGCACAGCUGCAUUCCAGCGAGCGCAAGCGGGCACAGGAGAAACGGCAGCUGAAGGCCAGGCAGCAGCAGCUACUCCGCAGGCUGGCACAGCUCAAACAACGCCCCUAAACACACUGACUGGCAGGCUGGCACAGCUCAAACAACGCCCCUGAACUCACUGACUGGCAGGCUGGCACAGCUCAAACAACGCCCCUAAACACACUGACUGGCAGGCUGGCACAGCUCAAACAACGCCCCUGA